CAGCUGACAUAAUUCAACAGUUGUUUGUCUGAGUGGUAUGAGAACAAAACACCAGUCUCUGCAGCUUAAAGGUUGAUCAUACGAUUUUGAAAUCAUGGCAAACUCCAUAAAAAUGUUUGGUUUUAUAUUUCUCAUGAGUGUCUUUGGCUUUAUAUAUAGGUCACAUUAUCAAAAAAACUUUCAUUCAUUUAUAAAAAAUGUGUUCAAUGCGAGUACACCCAAGCCUAUAAGUCCAAGAGAUAUUUUAAGUCAAGGAAAUGGCAUUAUAUUUAUAGAGACUACUGACAGGAUGGAGCCACCUCCAUUAGUCCUAUGUGCUAUUGAGUCAGCGGCACGUGUGUACAACGAUAGACCUGUGGCUUUCUUCAUGAAAGGUUUGAGAAAUAUAGGUACACAAGAAGAUGAAGACAGAGCAAAGCAUAAUUUCACCGCACUCUCAUCCUUUGAAAAUGUCUUCAUCUUUCCCUUGAAAAUGGAGGAAGUAUUUAAGGAUACACCACUACUCCCCUGGUAUUUGAAGGCUAAUCCUAAAGCAGAACAACACUGGAUCCAUGUCAGCUCAGAUGGCUGCAGGUUAGCUCUGAUAUGGAAAUAUGGAGGUAUUUAUUUGGAUACUGAUGUCAUCUCAAUCAGACAAAUACCAAAUAAAAACUUUCUGGCUGCUCAGUCCUCACAGUAUUCUAGCAAUGGUGUAUUUGGCCUUUCAAUCGGUCACAAUUUCUCUUGGAAAAGUAUGAAAAAUUUUGUUCAGAACUAUAAUGGAGCAAUAUGGGGACAUCAAGGGCCUGAUCUGUUCACACGAGUUCUGAAAGAAUUCUGUACAAUACCUACAUUUAAGUCCAUGGAGGAUGUUAUGUGUGGAAACAUCUCAUUCUUAAACCCACAACGUUUUUACCCUAUACCAUAUCCAUCAUGGAGGCUUUAUUACUCUGUUUGGGAAAAAUUGCCAACAUUCAAUGACUCUCAUGCUUUGCACUUGUGGAACUAUAUGAAUAAGGAAAAAAGAACUGUGAUUCCUGGAAGUAAUACUUUAGUGGAUCAUCUUUACCAGCAGUACUGCCCAAACACCUAUGAAUCUAUUAAACAAAACUAUAAUAAUACUAAUUAGAUACUAGCUCUGUUUAUGAAUGACUUCAAUUUAUCAAAUACAUUUCAAUAGUGUAUAUGUGUAUAUAUAUAUUGUCAAGGUAUAUGUAAGGUUAAUAAAUAUAUAUAUUUUUAAUCAUAUAUUUUAAGGUUAAUAAAUAUAUAUAUUUAUUCA